GAUCUGAUUACGGUACAGAGCUGGUCGGGUUUUGCGAAGUGUUCUAGGGUUUUUGCAAAGUACCCCUGUUUCAGCCAUUGCCGCGCAUUCGAAGAAGCAGGAAGAAGAAGUGCAUUUGGUGGGCGACCAUUGAACAAUUGAUCUUCACUCCUCCGAUGAUGACUCGUAGAGUCGCUCCAGGUGGCGUAUUCUUCAUCUCUGGUUGUUAACGACAGAAGCCCUCUUGGCAACGAACUCUCAAUGGCGGCAAUGGCAAUCGCUCUGCGACUCAGAUCCAAGCUCACAGCCGCAGUUCGAAACCGUAGCUUCUUCGUUCAUUUCUCGUCAUUAUCGGACUCCAGUGUCGAAGACCAAAACAACACCGACACCAACACCAACACCUCUUCGUCAGCGGCUUCGCCGUCGCAGCCCCAAUCUUCAUUCUCCUCAUAUUUCAGCGAUGUCAAGGCCAGUCUCAAACAGCAACCCUCUCCCCACCAACAAUCUCGCAAGACUGAUUCCUUCUCCCCAUCCCAAGCUCCCUCGAAGGGCGGCCCCACCUCUCUCGAAGAAAUCCGCAAGAACCUCGCCGAGUUCCGCCGACGCUCCGAGGUGCCGCCGCCGCAGCAGCAGCGCGUCUCGUUUCAGGAGCUUUACAAGCGAAAUGUGAUCUCCAAGGGCGAAGAUUCCACCGAUAAUAAAGCGAGCCAAGACGGGAGGCUCUCGUUCGAUGCCAUUCGCGAGAGCUUACGGCAGCUCCGAGCCAACAAUGCGAAGAAAAAACCAGAGAAUAAUGACGACCUAAAUCUUAUGUCACUCUCUAGGUUCAAGGAGGGUCUCAAAUUGCGACCUGAAGCAGGAGACUCAAUGCAGCCCAGGCUUGUUAUUGGCGGCGCCAGCGAUAAGCUUCCAGCUUCGGUGUCUGGAAAGUCGGAGGAGGGGGGGAAGGAAUCGCCCGCUAUGAAGACGGAAUUUGUCAAGAUGUACAGUUACGUAGAGUUGGGCGAGAAGUUGAGGACGUUGAGGCCGGAGGCUAAGGGCGGGAGUUUAUUUUCAUUGGGGGAAUUAAAUGAUAGGCUGAUAAAGUUGAGGGAGAUGGAGGAGAAGGAAGCGGAAUCAAGGAUUGGCGGCGUUUCUUUCAAGGAUCUGAGGGAUAGCCUCAUCAAGUUGCGGAUGUCAGAUGAUGAGAAUGCAAAGAAACGAACGAUGCAGAGACUUGAUGUCUUAAGCCAUCUUGGUGGAACACCCAAAUAUAUGCUGGCACCUCCAAAGGAGCACUUAGUUGAAAAGUUUGCUAUGGAACCAGUCUUUCAGUAUUUCCAUCCAGAUAACAUGUCAUCUUCUGAGAAACUGAAACUUGAGCUGCAAAAAGUCAGAGAAGAAUUUAAGAUGUCAGAAUCAGAUUGUGGAUCUGCUCGUGUUCAAGUGGCACAACUGACAACAAAGAUCAAACAUCUGUCUACGGUUUUACACAAGAAGGACAAGCAUUCGAUUAAGGGUCUUCAAGAAAUGGUCCAAAGGAGGAAGAAGUUGUUGAGGUAUCUCCGGAGAACUGACUGGGAUUCUUACAGCCUUGUUCUGUCUAAACUGGGUCUUCGGGACAACCCGAAUUACAAGCACUAAAUAUGGAAGUAGCAAAAUCUGUUUUGUUUGCAGGCAAGCUUUAUUUUAGUUAAAUUCCUGUUUUUCUUCCACCUUGUUUUGGGGGAAGAUGGAAGUAGGGGGAUCAUUUGCUUUGUUUGUUUCUUUUUUGUAUUAUUUUUCUUGUUGAAAAAUUAGCUGUACUAAUUGGUGGCACCCUAAUCUUUUUUUUGGAUGCCCAGCUAAAAAUCUUCUUACAAAAUAACAUUCAGAUUUGUAGAGCA